AAAAAGGAGUGCAUCACAUGCAGUGGCUGCAUGAUGUUGUAUAAGGUGCAUCCCCCCCUUUUUGAGGUGACCCAGUUUGAUGAGAUCUCCUUAAACUGUAGGAAUCGCACAAUUUCCUGGUAGGCAGCCCGGACAUAAUGUGAUGUUGAGUGUGAAGUUGCUGCUGCUGCUGCUGCUGCGGUGGAUGGGAGCCCCACCUCCUCCCACGCUCUGAUGAGUAGAGAGAGAAAGAAGAAGAGAGAGGGAGGAGAGAGAGAGAGAGGGGAGCAACUAACCUACCCACGGCAUCUCACCACUUGCUCUCUGGAAAACGCUUCAGAUGGGCUUCUUCUUCUUCUUCUUGUUUUAAGGACCGCUUAGCUGCUCACCGUUUUUGCAAAGAAAAAAAAUGACUAUCGUUUAAGACAUCCAGAGUGCUUGUUCUUCUUCUUAUCAGGUGGUAGGAGGAGGGAAGCGCACGAGAAACUUGGACCAAAAGGGGGAUGCGCCAACGAGUGCAUAUCUUGGCAGGGAUCAGUUAUUGAGGAUUUGGACAUGGCACACUGUUGGCUUCCCCCUGUGGAAUGAGACUCGAAAAAUAAUCGACCAUCUCAUAAUAAGUUCUGAUCUUUUUUUUCUUCUCACGGACAUAAAUUUGUUCCUACAAGACCGGACGCUGUGGACACAUAAUCCUGAAUUCUGAUGCGUAAAGUUGGAUUCUUUUGCUGAAGUUCUUUUGGAUGUGACGGAGGUUUGAGGGUUUUAUAGACACCUGCCUCUGGGAUCACCCGGUGUGGACGUAUAUCGGCUGGCUGGCGGACGGAUUUGGCGACGCGUCAAAGCGCUCACAUAGAGAAGAAGUCUCCGGCUCAGGCAGAUCUUCUGAUGACCUAAUGGAACUGAAUUUACGAGUAGCACUCUUCUGGGUCCUGGUGCUGCACUGUGGCUCUGCUGACGGCAGUAUCCUGUACCGGGUCCAGGAGGAGCAGCCUCCCAACACUCUCAUCGGGAGCCUGGCAGCGGACCAGGGCCUUCCAGACUCGGGUCAUCUCUACAAGCUGGAGGUGGGUGCCCCUUACCUCCGCGUCGAUGGAAAGACGGGAGACAUCUUCACCACGGAGAUUCCCAUAGACAGAGAGACCUUGAGGGACUGUCGAUCCCUGGUCAAGGGUAAGCCCUGCUACCUGGAGUUUGAAGUAUCGGUGACAGAUCUGAUACAAAACCAGAGCCCACGACUCAUUGAAGGACGCAUCGAGGUACAGGACAUCAAUGACAACACUCCGCAAUUCCCCUCCUCUGUGCUCACCAUCUCUGUCCCCGAGAACACGAUCAUGGGGGCGCUGUUCUCCAUACCUCUAGCUACAGACAGGGACUCAGACAGGAAUGGGGUGGCGGAUUAUGCUCUGACUGCAGGGCCAGACGCAGCGACCCUAUUUGGUUUGCAGGUGGCUGACGACAGGGGGGGGAAGCUCCCGCAGCUCAUUGUCCUGGGCAACCUAGAUCGUGAGUUAAAGGAUUCCUAUGACCUCACCAUCAAGGCGGUGGAUGGAGGAAACCCACAGCGCUACAGCAGCGCUCUGCUGAGAGUGGUAGUCACUGAUGCCAAUGACAACUCUCCCAAGUUUGAAAGGUCCACGUAUGAUGCAGAAGUGUUGGAAAACAGUCCAGUGGGGCACUCCGUGUUGCAGGUCAAAGCAAAUGACUCUGACAUGGGCCCUAAUGGAGAAAUUGAGUACACCCUUCACCAAGCAGUAGACCCAGUGCCAAAACUCUUACGAAUUGAUCGGUCCACUGGCGUUAUCUACGUCAAAGGAUCCCUGGACAGGGAGGACAUCAGCAGCUUGUCCUUCUAUGUGGUGGCAAGGGAUAAGGGUCCUCAACCUAAAAGCUCCAAGACGUUCGUAACUAUAGAGGUGACUGACCAGAACGACAACGCUCCAGCUGUGGAGAUCCGUGGAAUUGGCCUCGUGACGCACAGUGAAGGAGUGGCAAACAUUUCAGAGGACAUGCCAGUUGGAACGGCCGUCGCUUUGGUGCAAGUGUCCGACAGGGAUGAGGGAGAGAACGCCGUGGUCACCUGCGUGGUCGCGGGAGAUGUGCCCUUCCAGCUCCGCCCUGCCAGCGACUCAUCCAGCGACAACAAGAGGAAGUAUUUUCUACAGACCACCACCCCCCUCGACUACGAAAGGAUUAGGGAUUACCGAGUAGAGAUUGUGGCUGUGGAUUCAGGAAAUCCAGCACUCUCUAGUACAAAUUCUCUGAAGGUGCAGGUGACGGAUGUGAAUGACAACUCUCCGAUAUUCUCCCCAACCUUGUUUGAGGUCGACUUUGCCGAAGAAAACCAACCAGGGGAGAAGGUUUUGGAUGUUAUAGCUUCUGACGCCGACAGCGGCACUAACGCGGAACUCCUCUAUAAUAUCGUGGCCGACUCAUCCAUCAAAGGUCUGUUUGAGAUUGACCCAAAUACGGGCGAGGUGAGAGCCCGAAGCCCACUUGACCGCGAGCAUAAAGAACGCUACGAGUUCCGGGUCACCGCAGCAGAUAAAGGGUCACCUGUUCAUAAAGGAACAGCAACUGUUGCAAUUAAAGUCCUUGACCGCAAUGACAAUGACCCCAAGUUCAUGCUUAGCGGGUAUAGCUUUUCAGUUUUGGAAAACAUGCCUCCUCUCAGUCCAGUCGGCAUGGUGACGGUCCUGGAUGUGGACAAAGGAGAGAACGCUCAUGUCCAGCUGUCUGUGGAGCCUGACGGAGGAAAGUUUGUUGUACAAAAUGGAACGGGCACCAUUCUUUCAAGCAUCUCAUUUGACAGGGAGAAAGAAAGCAGCUACACUUUCCGUCUAAAAGCAGUGGAUAGAGGAGAGCCACCUCGGUCUUCAUAUGUGGGCGUUACCAUCAACGUGCUGGAUGAAAAUGACAAUGACCCUGUGGUCACCAAGCCCUCCAAUUCCUCUUUCAAGCGUUUGUCUCCUCUAGCUUCCCCAGAUAGCCAUGUUGAGGUAGUGGAAGCUGAAGACCUGGAUAGUGGGCCUAAUGCAGAGAUGCUCUUCAGUAUCGCUGGCGGAAACCCUUACCAGUUAUUUCGCAUCUCCCCCUCCACUGGGGAGAUCACUCUAGCAAAAGAGAUGACCCGAAAACACGGCGGACUACAUCGCCUAGUAGUGCGAGUGAGUGACAGGGGGAAGCCUGCACGUCAUGCCACUGCCCUGGUGCACAUCUAUGUCAAUGAAACCAUUUCAAAUGUCAGCUUAGUGGAGGCACUAGUAGGACACAGUCUUUACACUCCACUGGACAGAGACAUUGCUGGUGAUCCUGACGACGGUUUCGCUGCACAGCGCAGUAACAUUUUGUUUGGAAGCCUUGCCGGUGUGGCAGGUGUUGUCAUGUUGAUCUUGGUGGUGGUAUUUAUUCGACACCGCAUCCAGAGAGAAACUAAGAGCGGGUAUCAGGCCGGCAAGAAGGAAACAAAGGACUUAUAUGCGCCAAAACAGGCGCCGAAGAAUGCCAAAGGCAAACGGGGAAGGAAAGGAAAACCCCAAAAGUCCCCAAAACCACUCGGGGAAGAUGAGGAAGUGAGCCUUCAAAAGAGCCUCAAGUUCAACCUCGAUGGAGUCAACGAUAGCCCCAGGAUACACCUGCCCUUGACAUAUUCACCAGGAAGCCCUGAUAUAGGCAGGCACUACCGCUCCAACUCCCCCUUACCCUCCAUCCAGCUGCAGGCCCAAUCCCCUUCAGCCUCACAGAAGCAUCAAGCUGUCCAGGACCUUCCUGCCGCCAACACCUUUGUAGGAACAGGAGGAGAUGACAACUCUACCGGCUCAGACCAGUACUCAGAUUACAGCUACAAGACCAGCCAGAUGAAGUACAGCAACAAACAGGUCUCCGACAACAGUAACCAGCAGCUGAUUUGGAGAAGAAGCAACUGGCUGGACAUGACUCUGACGCAUCCCCAUCGGCGAGUGACCUUCUCCACCGCCAACCCCGUGCAGGACCUGCAGGACGCCUCUCAGCACAGCUACUAUGACAGCGGCUUGGAGGAAUCGGAGACUCCCAGCAGCAAGUCGUCGUCUGGCCCUCGCAUCGGACCCCUGACCCUGCCUGAGGACCACUACGAGAGGACCACUCCAGAUGGCAGCAUUGGAGAGACCGAGCACCCUGAAAACGACAUCCGCUCCCUCCCUGACGUAGCGAUGACCGGAAACUGUACGACCGAGUGCAGCGAAUUGGGCCACUCGGACGCCUGCUGGAUGCCCGGGCAUCCCUCUCCCGUACGCAAGACCAGGAACCCCCCGAAACUCUCCACCUUCGUGCCUUACCAGGAGAGAGGGAGCCUGGGACGCCUGGCCAACGGGAGCGCCAGGAUGGGCGGCGAGGAGCACCGGCCGCGCCUCCCGCCCUCCCGCAGUGCCUAUUCCAACAGCGGUCAUGACGCCGGUCAGGACUGCCCCUUAGAGGAGAUGCCCCUGAGCGUGGCCUCUGAGUUCCCGCCCACUUCCCCCGCCGCCCACACUCCAAAAAGAGAAAUUUACCUGUGAGGAAGAUCUGAUUGGUGCAAAAAGGAAAAGGUACACCCACUCCAGAAGGGGAAACAGGCUAAAGCCAAUGCCCGUCUCGUAGGUAACAAUAGGCUGUGACUCAUCCAAUCACUGGCACGAACACUUGUGUUUUGUCAUUUUCCUCCUUAAAUUAUUAAUUUAUUAGCAUAUUUAUUACGAAUUCCACAAAGUUAAUUGAUGCACUCACUCAUUUAUUUAUACAAAAAUCCUGAAGGAUUCUAACCGAUCAAAAGGAAGCGCAGACGGUAAUUGCUACUUUAGUAGUGACUAAUUAUUGUUGUAGUUAGCCAAGUCCCAUUCUGUGAAGUGAUCUCUUGAAUUUUGAAAGUUGUGAUCAGUGCUCUUGUGCCAUUAUUAGAUAUAAUUUCAUAGACAGCCAGUCGGGCCCUAUCGGAAAGGCUUAACACUUUCAAUCAAAAAUCUUAAUGUACAGUGCUGUAAAUACAUUUGAAUGGUGUGUUCUACAUAUAUUUUUGUCUGGCGUUUAAGCUAAAAAAGAAAAAAAAAAGAAAACUUUGCCUCAGAAUUUUUGCAUAUUUAAAGCUUUUCUUUGCUGCUGCUGUUUAAAACUUGAUUGAAAACAUCAUCCAGAAGUGGAGCUUGAUAUCGUGGUCGCUCCACACACACAUACACACACACACGCGCACACACAUACACCUUCGACCCCUAAUCAUAGUAGAAUGGCCUUUACCUCUGCUCCCUGUAGAGCUCUGCCACUGGUGGAGAAAGCUGUGUGGCAACAUUUAAACUGACAUUAUGUUCCACUGACUCGCAGCACUGUGACCUCUCAUGAAACCGGUCGACUUGGCCACAGUACCCCCGGAGUCACGAUGACCAAAACACAGAGUGUGCUCACCAGAGGCGUUCUGAUUGGCUUUUUCCUAUAUAAAAAACCCUGUGACACACUCUGUUGAUGAAAUCCUACCAGUGUAUCAGUUUAAAAAGCUCUUCUCUGUCGUGACAAUCAGACGGGCUCUUGCAAAUCCUUUCCCCCCCUAAAGCUCGCAGUCCUUUCCCCUUCACGAUCCAUAAGAACUUGCAUAGAUCUAAUGAAUGCAUAAAGAGGUAUUUACAUGAAAGGGCACUUGAGCGUGGAGAACUACUGGAGAGAUUGAGCACUUGCGGAAGUUAAUAUCACGCCGAUGUACUACACCAGUGCUCCAUGUUGAGAGUUUUUCAAAGUAGCAGUUCUCACUAGAUAUGUAUACUUCUUUCAGAGGGCAAUUCAAUACACAGUGUGGACCUUGAAGCAAAGAGUGUAGACGCAAAGAGACGACACGCUGGUGCUUUUUCGACAACGGACGCUAGAUGGCUGCUAUUUUGGACUGAAAACGCCAAAUGUAUAUAAAACAGGAUGAUUUUUUUUUUAGGUAAAUCAACUUCCCAGUACGAACACUUA